UUGAGGUCACAUCCGGUUUAUUUUCCGCUGCACGACGGAAGACCGCAGUGAGACAAGCUGCGGCAGAAAGUUAAAGCUAAACAAACGUGGAGCCUUAAAACUCUCGGGGACAGUUGUGUAACUUUAGCAGCUUGACGAGCACCUGGUGCCGCCGAGAGUUAAACAUGUUUUCCCUGUCAAUGACGGUUCAACCUCAGGUGACGGUUCCCCUCAGUCACCUCAUCAACGUCCUCCACUCCCUGAAGAACUCGGUGGGCAGCAGCAGCAGCAGCAGCAGUAGCAUCAGUGCCACCUGCAAGACAAGGGAACACAAGGAGCAUGUGUCAGACUCGGAGCUCCACUGCACAGAGGUACGAGACAGCGGGAGGGAACUCAAGCCCAUGUGGAACCUGCGGGAGCUUGGAUUAUUGGACCUGGGAGCACAGCAGCUCAAUGAGCUUGUGAAUCGCGUGUUUCCAAGCCUGAGCAUGCAGAAGGUACUGCCCCCACUGGGCGGUCAGACCGCUUGGAGGACCUCCCAUCUAUCUACCCAUUCCUUUUUCGACAACAAGCACGGGUUCUCUUGUUUUUCCACACCAAUGUCAGCUCAAGUUUUUUCCAGACAGCAUCCUUCACCUCUUCAGUAUGUCUGCACAAAGCUUCAACACUGGCCAGUGUUGUUCCAGAGCAGGGGUUUUAAAACGUUAAGGAGUAAAACCAGACGUCUGCAAUCCUUUGAGCGUCCUGUGGAAUCUGAGGGGUUUACACCGUCUUUUAUGAAGGGUCUCCUUUCACGUCACAAGGGGGUCGAAGUGGAAAAUUUAGACGGCCUGUUGAAGAACAAGAACGUGCCUAAUGGACAACAGGAUGCUUUCAAGAGGGGCUUUGCUGAGGGUUUCCUGAAAGCACAAGCCCUGACACAACGCACACAAGACUCUCUGAGGAGGACUCGUCUCAUCCUGCUGGUGCUGCUUCUUGUCGGACUGUAUGGCAUCUCCAAAACCCCCUUCCUAUCGGUUCGGUUCCGAACCACAUCAGGCCUGGACUCGGCGGUGGACCCAGUCCAUAUGAAAAACGUGACAUUUGAGCAUGUCAAAGGAGUGGAUGAAGCAAAGAACGAGCUGCAAGAAGUGGUGGAGUUUCUGAAAAACCCACAGAAAUUCACAGCGCUGGGAGGAAAACUGCCUAAAGGUGUCCUGCUGGUUGGCCCUCCAGGAACUGGUAAGACCCUACUGGCCAGAGCGGUGGCCGGAGAGGCUGAUGUUCCAUUCUACUACGCCUCCGGCUCAGAGUUUGAUGAGAUGUUUGUUGGAGUGGGAGCCAGUCGCAUCAGGAACUUGUUCAGGGAGGGUAAAGCUAAUGCUCCCUGUGUGAUCUUCAUCGAUGAACUGGACAGUGUGGGUGGGAAAAGGAUCGAGUCUCCUAUGCAUCCUUACUCCAGACAGACUAUCAACCAGUUACUUGCUGAGAUGGAUGGGUUUAAACCAAAUGAAGGCGUGAUCAUCAUUGGAGCAACAAACUUCCCAGAAGCUUUGGAUAACGCACUGGUGCGUCCAGGACGCUUUGACAUGCAGGUGACUGUCCCCAAACCAGAUGUGAAAGGACGUACAGAGAUCCUUAACUGGUACCUGAGGAAGAUUAAAGUGGAUCCAGCUAUUGAGGCCAGUAUUAUUGCCCGGGGCACGGUUGGCUUCUCGGGCGCUGACCUGGAAAACCUGGUGAACCAGGCAGCCCUGAAGGCAGCAGUUGAUGGUAAAGACAUGGUCACAUUGAAGGAGUUGGAGUUUGCCAAAGAUAAAAUCCUCAUGGGCCCUGAAAGGAGGAGUGCAGAAAUAGACAGUAGAAACAAACGCAUCACAGCAUAUCAUGAGUCAGGUCAUGCGAUUGUAGCUUACUACACCAAAGACGCGAUGCCAAUCAACAAGGCUACUAUAAUGCCCAGAGGACCAAGUCUGGGACAUGUGUCUAUGCUUCCAGAGAAUGAUCGCUGGAGUGAGACUCGCUCUCAGUUACUGGCACAGAUGGAUGUUAGCAUGGGUGGACGUGUGGCAGAAGAGAUUAUAUUUGGCCAGGAGAACAUCACAACCGGAGCAUCAAGUGACUUUGACAGUGCUACUAAGAUCGCUAAAUCGAUGGUGACCAGAUUUGGAAUGUGUGAAAAGCUGGGUGUGAUGACCUAUACUGACAUGACGCGACAAAGUCCAGAGACGCAAGCUGCUGUCGAGCAUGAAGUCAGAGCUUUACUGAAGGAGUCCUACGAGCGUGCCAAAGCCCUGCUGAAGUCUCACGCCAAGGAGCACAAGAACCUGGCAGAAGCUCUGCUCAUGUAUGAGACACUGGAUGCCAAAGAGAUCCAGAUUGUCGUGGAGGGCAAGACCCUGGAGACGAGAUGAAAGCAGCAAGGAAAGCAACAAAGAGGGUGUUGUAAUUAAAGAGCUCAGGCAUUAACGGAGGAGGAAUGGACUAAGCAGUGAAUCAGAGGAGCCUGUAUUCAGACUUGGUAUUAACAGCCAUCCUGAGUGAUCCAGUCACAUGUAGACAUUGUUAAAUAUCACUGUUUGCACCUGGCAUUGUGGCUGUGGAUACAUGUGAUCAGAUCUGCUUUCACCAUGCUGUACUCGGAUACACACUGACAUGUCAUGUGGGUGUGAAACCUGCUCUGCACAGACUGGGAUGUGACCCCCCCCCCCCCUUCCUCAUAAUGUAGUAGUUUCUUUACAUUACGCUUGAUGUGCAUAAUAAUUUGCAUCCGGGUUAUUCGCACUUUUGUUCCGUCCUGUGUGCAAAGACCUUUAGAACAAUAACUCUACAGAAAAAAUCGUGAGUUAUGUCGCUAGUCAUUUUUGUUCAAAAAUAGUCGCUGACAAAGUCACUACAUUGAACACUCAAACGGCUGCAAACUCUUCAGCACACAGCCCCGCCCCUCAAGAGUUCCUGGUUAUCUGAAAAGUCCCUCCCCGCGAAUAGUUACUUCUUCCAGAGAAAGUUUAUUAACAUGAAAUAUGAUUUUAACCAGGUGUUGAUAUUGUGAUAUGGAGAUAGAUCAUACAUAUCUCUGCUCAGGAAUGUGGCCACGUGGUAAUGUAGUAUUUGUGAUCAGAUCUCAAGACACAUUAGUUUAGUCCCAACCUGAGCUUAUCUUUGUUGACAUGUAACCAUGGAUCACUCAGGAUGGAUUUACAGACCGGAUCUGAAAGCGUUCUAAUUCUCUUGACAACUGCUCAUGUGGGACAGUGUCAUGCCUUCAUGCUGUCUCCUUCAUCAUAGACUAUCGUCAUUAUUCCCCAGACAAUUUACUUUCUUCUUCGUAACUUAAAGAUGUUUUUUUUCCACUUUUGUUCCCGCUCAUGUUCUUUGAAUGUGGUGUUGGUGAAAAGGUGACAUGUCUACUGUUAAAGGGCCAAUAUGAAAGAUAUGCAACUAGGGUUUAGAGACUUGAGGUUGCCGGGUAGUUUGACAACCCCACAUGAAUUAAAAGAGUUAAACUUUAUUCGCACAACAUAAACGGCUUGUGUUAUUAUCAUCCAUCAGUUGUGUACUGUGUGGUAUAUGUUUGAAAAGUCCUGCCCUGCUCUUUCUCUCUACUCUCUGUUGCUUAAAGGUGGCCCUUUGGUGGAAUGCACUGUAGCUGUAUAUUUUUUCUUUUGAAAUCAGGAGUGUCAAAAGUCAAAAGAUCUCUGUCACAGCAUUUGGGAUAAGUGGGGAAAAAAAGGAAACUAAACUUGUGCAAUCUUUAAGUCAUUCAUUUCAUGUAUGGUUUGUGUACAGAUUGAAGUGAAACUGCUGCGCAGCCUCAAAAAUCAUGCACACAAUUCAAGCUGCAUUUAUGUCAUGGGAUCUUUAGGAUUUAAAAGUGGAACCAUUGGUUUAAUUUAUUAAAAUACUCUUUAGUUUGCGUUCAGAAAAGCCUUGGAGCACAAAUAUAUAUAUAUAUAUAUUUUUUGUAUGUAAUCUGUGGAAGAAGAUGCGAGAAAAACAAAGUUUAAAGAUUUCAGUGUGACCUCUCUUAAACACAGUCUGUAGGAAUAGACACUUGUGGUAAUGUGGAGUGUCUUCAUUUUAAAUAAAAUUGUGGAAACAGCAACAAUAUAUUUAAUCUUUAAUUUACUACAAAGUGUGGCUCAAGAUUACCCAUCAUUGUUGUUCCUAUAAUCGUAGUGUUAAUGUAUCUGUUGCUGUUCUUUUACCCAUAGUUAGCCGUCUAUAUGUGUGACGUGUGAUGGGAACUUUGUAAAUAGAUGUAUAGUAGAAAAUGCUUUUAUGCCGCUGUGCACACUGAAGCGUUCUUUGCAGAAGUCUGUUAAACACUGAGGAUGAUGUGUGAUGAAUGUAUGUGCAGCUCAAAGAAAUAAAAAGAAACCCACAUAGACAUU